AUGACUACUAUAAACAAGUUCUGGAACGACGAUCAUGGAAAGAUAAAAUUGGACUCUGCACUUUCAAGCACACUUUUGAAUGUAACUUCGCUGUCGCAGUCUACUUCGGUAGGCGCAGGUUCGAAUCCUGCGGCGGACAUGCACGGCGAAGAGAAGAAAAGACUAAGCUUCUGCAAUCACACUAUGAUACUGAAAAUUUGGCCACACACAAUCAGCCGGCAAUUGAACGCCUGUCUCGCACGUGACAAACGCGAAGACACGUCACUCUACCACCAAGGAAAUGUCAUAGUUCUUCUUGAGCUUCCGAACCAGCAAACAGUAAGCUUUGAGGGUGCCGGCAUUACCUUCACCGUGGCUUGCGUAGAGAAGGGACCUCUUCGACCUCUUCUAAAUUUUCUUCUCCAUUUACAUUUGUUUGGUCGUAAACGUGCUAAAACUCCAAAUUAUUUUGUUACCAAAAAGUCUUUUGUCAAAAGUCCCGCUUGUUUUUGUGUUACAGCAAAUUACGAAAGAGAUCCAAACAAUCUGAAACAUACAGAAUGUGUACGUUCAAGAACUACUGUCCGUGACAACAGCGAAUCGUCCGAGGAAGCGUUCUUAGCGGUAGACGUCGUCGCGAUGGUACUGCUGGUGGUAGUCCUCGUAGUACCACCCGUUUCCGCUCCGGCCCACAGUGGUCGAUACAGAGCCGCAGUUGUUAAGUCCGGAUACCAUGGUUCAAGAGGUGUAGAUGGUGACCGGAAUGGAGAGCUAAAAGAAGGGCAAGGUUCUUGGUUGCGAGAAGAAACUGUUACCUUGUCAAACGUAUCAGUUUUCUAUGUAACCCUGCAUAAAUGCUGUGCAGUUGCAAUGAAAGGAUCCGCAGACGGAAUCAAAACGGUUGCCCAGCCCAACAACGGCGCGCAGCCAACCAGCAAAUACUAA